AUGGGAUAUGGCACACUUCCUCUUUUUCACAGUAAAGGGAAAAGACUCAUAGAGAAACACAUGUGCCAGCAACAGCAGCAAGGACACUGCAAUGAGCAGGACAACUAUGACAAGGGCAACUCCAAGGAAACACAGCUGACACUAAUGGAGGAGAUGCUCCUCCUGGGCCUCAAGGACCAAGAGAAUUAUACAUCAUUUUGGAAUGACUGUAUAUCAUCUGGAUUGCGUAGCUGUGUGUUCAUUGAAUUAGCAUUAAAAGGAAGGUUACAGAUAGAGGCUUGUGGAAUGAGACAUAAAAGUCUGUUAACAAGAAAGGUGAUCUGUAAGUCUGUUGCUCCAACAGGGGAUGUCCUUCUUGAUGAAGCUCUAAAGCAUGUUAAGGAGACUCAGCCUCCAGAAACAUUCCAGAACUGGAUUGAAUUACUUAGUGGUGAAACAUGGAAUCUAUUAAAACUUCAUUAUCCGUUAAGAAAUAUGCAGGAACAAUUAGCUAAAAAUCUGGUGGAAGAGGGCAUAUUGACAACAGAGAAACAGAACUUCCUACUUUUUGACAUGACAACACAUCCCUUCACCAACAACAGCAUUAAGCUGCUCCUCAUUAGGAAGGUCCAGGAUGCUGUUCUUGACAAGUGAGUGAAUGACCCUUGCCUCAUGGACAAGCACCUGCUGGCCCUCAUUUACAUGGCCCAUGCCUCAGAUGUCCUGAAGAAUGCUUUUGCUCCCCUUCUGGAUGAGCAAUAUGACCUGGCCACCAAGAGUGUGAGGCAGCUCCUCCACUUGGAUCCUGAUGUGGAAUGUCUGGAGGCCUGCACCAACAAGGUCCUGUGGGUGGUGGUGGCAGCGAUCACCAAGCAGCUCUGCUCAGAGUGACAUGUUCUCCUUUCUAAUAAGCCAGUUGCUUCUAUUUUGUUGACUUCUAAUUUUCUGCAAUUUGUACUUCCCUAUACUAACAUUGGCUUUUGUUUUAUAAAAUAAUAGAUGAUUAUUUUUAAUGAGUGCAGGAUUCUGCUGGUACAAGAGGCCUUCCUCUUUCUGUUUUAAAAAAAGUUUUACUGCCAUAUUAGCAUUCCAUUCUCACUAUUACCUAUUUUGGGUUUCUGGUGUACUUUGUCUUUCAAAGUACCUCUAGUUUCUUUAUAUGUACACCUUUGGAUUACCUCAGAUUGAGUUUUUCCUGUAUGCAUGUGCACAUCUCACAUUCUGCUUACAAUUCACACAGAAAUCACAAAAAGGCCUUUAAUCUACCAAAGGU